CGCUGGAGGAAAUCGCGUGUGUAAAGUGGGACGGGGCUUGUUGGGCUUUGACACGAAAUCUGAGAUUUGACUCCGACUUUAGCCGCGCUGUAGUUUUGAGCAUGUAAGGCUACGAGAACAACUUCUUCAUCGACGAUGUUUUUGUAAGCGGCCGAAGACAUUUAAGAGGAUAAUCGGGGAGUCGUAGUGGAGCUGCAGAGCCCGGAACCAGUGGCCCCCGUCGGCAAGAACUCGUCACCCCAUCGCCCUGUGAAGAUAUUCUGUACCCCAGCUUCCUGAUUAUGUGAAACUGCCUGAACAGUACAUAUUCUCAGAAAGUUCAGUCAGAGACAGAAGUCAAGAUGUCCAUCACCAACACACCUACCAGCAACGAUGCCUGUCUGAGCAUUGUGCACAGCCUCAUGUGUCACAGACAGGGUGGUGAGAGUGAGACCUUUGCCAAGCGGGCCAUCGAGAGCUUGGUGAAAAAGCUGAAGGAGAAGAAGGAUGAGCUUGACUCCCUGAUCACAGCCAUCACCACCAAUGGGGCCCAUCCCAGCAAGUGUGUGACCAUCCAGAGGACACUGGAUGGACGGCUGCAGGUUGCAGGCCGUAAAGGGUUUCCUCAUGUCAUCUAUGCCCGGUUGUGGCGCUGGCCUGACCUGCAUAAGAAUGAACUGAAGCACGUGAAAUACUGCCAGUUUGCCUUCGACCUAAAGUGUGAUAACGUGUGUGUGAACCCCUAUCACUAUGAGAGAGUGGUGUCUCCUGGCAUAGACUUAUCAGGACUGACACUGACCCCGUCUGGACCCAGCUCAGGACUGAUAAAGGAUGAGUAUGAUUUUGAUGGACCUCAAAGUCUACCCUCCCUUGAUGGAGGACACUCCCUCCAGACCAUCCAGCAUCCCCCAUCAGGCAGCCGCCCGGCCCCUUCUGAAGCAUUUGCAACCCCGAACCUGCUCACACCUGCUGAGGCUUCCACCUCUGCCUCGACGUCGUCUUUCCCCGCCAUCGCUGCUGGAUCAGGCAGUGCCAGCUCAACCUGGUCCAGGAACAGCAGCUUCACCCCUAACUUACCCCACCACACCAACGGUCAUCUGCAGCACCACCCACCCAUGCCACACCCGACACACUACUGGCCGGUGCAUAAUGAGCUCGCUUUUCAGCCACCCAUAUCCAAUCACCCAGCUCCUGACUACUGGUGCUCCAUUGCCUACUUUGAGAUGGAUGUGCAAGUCGGCGAGACGUUUAAGGUGCCCUCCUCCUGCCCCAUCGUGACGGUGGACGGCUAUGUGGACCCCUCAGGAGGAGACCGGUUCUGUUUAGGCCAGCUAAGCAACGUCCAUCGCACUGAGGCUAUUGAAAGAGCGAGGCUUCACAUUGGCAAAGGGGUUCAGCUGGAGUGUAAGGGCGAGGGAGACGUGUGGGUACGGUGCCUUAGUGACCACGCAGUGUUUGUUCAGAGUUACUACCUGGACAGAGAGGCAGGCCGAGCCCCUGGAGACGCCGUGCACAAAAUCUACCCCAGCGCUUACAUCAAGGUGUUUGACCUUCGUCAGUGUCACAGGCAGAUGCAACAGCAGGCUGCCACGGCUCAGGCAGCAGCUGCAGCCCAAGCAGCUGCUGUGGCUGGGAAUAUACCUGGACCGGGAUCAGUAGGAGGGAUAGCUCCUGCUAUAAGUUUGUCAGCAGCAGCUGGUAUCGGGGUAGACGACCUCCGGAGGCUGUGUAUUCUCAGGAUGAGCUUUGUAAAGGGCUGGGGGCCAGACUACCCCCGCCAGAGCAUCAAGGAGACCCCGUGCUGGAUCGAGAUCCAUCUGCACAGAGCUCUGCAGUUACUGGACGAGGUUCUGCACACGAUGCCCAUAGCAGACCCUCAGCCUCUGGACUGAGCUCGUCAUCACUGCAGCACCACACUGCAGCGUCAAGUGGAAAAGUCUUCCUCAGUGAACAGUUUUGUGUGGAGAAAUCGGUGAAACAGCUGUGACUCUGAAGCUAACGCAUAAGGAGAGAAAAAAAAAAACCUUUCAGGUGUGUUUGAAGCACCUUUGUGCACUGUGGCCCCCCGACUUAUGUUUUUAAAGCAGAAGGGACACUAAAAUGAACCAAAGCCAUUUAUUACACAAAUACACAUCUGUAUUUAUGAUAGAUGGCUUUGAUUUGUGCUGACUGGAAUGAUGAACCGUAAGACGUCUCAGAUAAUUACAGUAACACAACGUGCAUAUUCAAGACCUGCAGAUCUGUGAUACUGGAAUGUACUCUGCAUCCACCACCACCAACUACUGAUGGACACUCUGAUCAACUGAACCAUUUUUAACAUCACAGAGCUGUUCUGAAAGGCUCUUAUAUCCAGUGUUUGCACACCAGAGUACUGCUGGUUUUGUCGAGUUUUCAUUCAAGCUGUUACAAAGCUGUUUCGCAUCCAGGAUGAUGAGCACGUUCAGUCUGCCGUGGGGCUGAAUGUUAAAGAAGCAGCAGCACUCUGAGUGGCGACGAUCACUGCCCAAAUAUCGCAGAAUGAAAUGACUUACCACCGAGCCUAAUGCAGACUCGCAACCUUUGAACUGAAGCAAAAGUACAAGUUUGGACCUUAAGACCAGACUGUGUGACUGCUGGUGUCUGUAACUGAAUCUCAAAUCAGUCCAAUACUCUCAAUUAAAGUCAAAGUGGAACCCCCCGGUAAAGGUUUAAUCUUCACUCAGUAAGAGACCCUCUUUAUACUGGAUUCACCAAUCAAUCUCAAAUGGUAAGUUUACAUGUCGACAGCCCUAAAUUCAACCUCAAAGACACAUCGAGAUCCAUUUGGUAAAACCACUUACCAAGCUAAUCUGAAAAACAUUCGACCAUACACUGUUUUUUUGGGGGGUGAGUGCCUCACUAAUGGCUGUAACAGACAUUAAUUCAUCAAUGCAGGAUGUGCUGCACCGUCUCAGGCUUAUUAUGCAAGUCACCUAUUACUUUUCCUGCCAACCUCAACAGGUGGGGCACUGUGUAUGUGUACUGUAUAUCAUUUCUUGUCAUUAAUUUAAACAAUAAUGGCCCUUCUCUGGCUACUGACUGAAUUAACCUGACAGCAGCAGCAGCAGCGACAUCUGUGGAAACAUAAAUCUGAACAUAAGUGGGUCACCGCUGAACUUGGAGAUGCAUCAUAGAAACACAUGGACGGGGACGUUUUGUGUGUCGAGUAUGAACCGGGUCAAAGUGAAGACGAGAUGCUCACCGUGCAGUCCGUUUAAGGCGCCGUUGCUGUUUUGCCCUCUCCUGUGCUGCCAGCAAAUCUGAACGAUGAAUCUCAUGAAGCCUUCUGUGAGCCGCUCGUCUUUUCUUACUCUGACGGGUUGUGUGUCUUAGACUUAAGUCAGAAAACAGAAGAGGCAGACGGUUAACGCAAGGCGUCUGAGAUGUCAUAACAGAACUAGUAUAACAGGGUGUCUCUACGGAAGCCCUAAGCAGACAUAUAUCCAAACCUUUGAUUUAAUCCUCUUGAGAUAACAACGCUGGUUUUUACCCUGAUAUGUCAAUCAUAGUUGUUGGUUUGUUUUUUUUUGUAGAUCUCGACUUUUUUUUUCUUAUCUAGGUAUCUCGAACUGAAAUGAACCAAUCAGAGUUUAUAAAAUGUACUGAUGCAUGUCUGCUUAGGGCUUCAGUACUUCUCGAUGUUUUGGCAAACCAAAGUACUUCAUGCUCACAAACGUGCUGUGAGUGGAGUACGAUCACGACUGCUCGUGUGCUGCUGGACUGUGCCACAGUUGAGUUGAUUUUAAUUUUUUAGUAAGUUUUUAAAGUCUAAUUGUUUACUUUCAUUCAUUUCAAUUUUAUAGUUUUUUAUCUUAAAUCAUACCCGACAUUAAUCGUUGUAUUUAAACUGCCCACUUAUAAACUACUUGAUCCAGGUGUUUUAUUUUGGUAUAGUUUACUGACAGAGGAGAGAAGACAGUAUCCCAGCGUCGAUAUAUAUUUUUAUGGUUUUAUUUUGUUACUUUUUAUGGAUUGAGUUGUAUUAUGUUUGUAGCACUUUACUUUUGUUUUCCUGUUUAUAACACAGUAACUCUUAUCUUGAGGUGGUCUUCCUGCGAUGUUGAUAAGGGAUUGAAAAGGUUGGUUUAUAUUUUCAGUAGGAUUUUUCAGCAGAAGACACAUUGUGAUGCAUUUGUAUUGAGAAUGUAACACUAAGACACCUUUUUUUUUUUUUUUUACUUUCUUUCCUGACACACUAUAGACAUUUUACACACAUCUGUAGGGUUUCUUCAAAGUCUUUCUCUUUGAUUGCGGUUUUUUUUCUCCUUCUUUAUAAUCCAUGUAAAUAACUUUUUUUGAAACGCAUGUCAAUGUUUGCAUGAAAUUUAAAGGCAAAUAGAUCCCCUUAUUCCUAUUUCACUUAAAGAAACUUCAUCACCUGCUUUAGGCCCCGUGUUCACCUAGCGUUUGUUUCUGAGCACCAGUGUCUUUUUUUCCCAAUUGUUUUCAAUGAGGAGAGAUUGUCGCGAGCAGCAGAGCGCUCCGCGUUCUUGGUGCGAUUUGUUCGAGCGCUCAAGUUGAAAAUCAUCCACCUUUCAGAAAGCAGCUUUUGACUUCACCGGUGCUCUUUCCAAAUGUAUGAUGCAAUCUGUAGUGUUGUCGCCUACGGAUCACAGCUUGUACCCACAUGCUCCGCGUCUGAUCGGGAAAUAAAACUACAUACAGCAAAAAGGAACGGAGUGGUGUCGAUCAUACAGCUGCCGUUGUCAACAGACUGUUGUCAUGGAGACAGGAAGGAUAUGCAAGUGCUCCUGAGUGCACAGCCAGCGCUUUCCUGCCUGGUUAAAACACUAGGUGGACACAGGGCCUUGCACAGGUAAAUGUCAGUAGUAUAGAAAUCACUAGUAGCUGCUUUACGCUGGUGUGCUGCAUGUUGCUGCUGUAUCAGAGCAACAUGAAAGGCUAAUCGAGGGAAGCUACAUAGUUAUAACUGAUGUGAACGAUCCAGCUGAAUUAUGUAAAGUCAACGUUUUAACAGCUGAGCUCUCAAAGAAUUCAACUAUUCUUCUUGAAAUGUGUUAAUGCAAGAACAUCAGUUAUCAGUGUGCAGCCUGAAGGUAAACGAGAACAUGAAGCAUGCUGCACAGAAGUAAUUUGAUCACAGAAAACCCCCUCCUCCCCCUCCCCCUCCCCCUCCCUCUCCCUCUCCCUCUCCUCUUCCUCCUCCUACACCCAGCUGCAUGCGAUACAUUCUGUUCUGUUUGAAAGGCGUUUGUUUAAGAUAAAUCAUACUGGAUAGGAUUUGAACAUCUGUUCAUGCUUAUUUUUUUUUCAUAUCAAACUGCCACACUGAAUAUUCUUUUUGUAUUUUAGCAUUGCUAUUUGAUCAUUUCCAUCUUUUAAUUCAAAUUAAGGGUCUUCAUGUCACACACCUGACCCGCUUUGCUAUCCUAUUGCUUUGUCCCGGUCUCCCCACCCACCCCCCCCCCCUCCCUUUUUUUUUUGGUUACUUCACUAUAAUUUGAGUCGCAUUGUUUGAAAAAGCUUAUCCUACAUCAGGGAUGAAGAGAGUCUAGAUUUUGAUUUGUUUACAAAAUGAUGCAUCGGAUGUUUAAAUGGCAGGAAACAGGAUAUUUUAUGAUUCUAUGUAACUGAAAGAACUGAUGUUGAACUCAUUCUGGAGAUCUUACCUGUUAUAUUUUGUGCUUGAAAGUGGACAGAUGUUUUUAUAUUACUUGCAGUUAUUAUUGUAGGAGCCGAAAGACACAGCUCCAACGAGUUGAUGUUGACUACUAUGACGGAUUGCAGAUACAAAUUUGACCUGUAUUUCUUAUGUGAAAGUGUUAUUAAACAAGGAGUUGUAUUCUCUAA